AGGUGGGCGCCGAGGCGGGACGCGCUGGACGGCGUGGGUUGGAUGGCGCAGCAGAGCUUCUGCUGCCAGCCGCGUUCUCUCCUUCACUUUCGGCACUUGCGGGCACAGCGCUCGGCGUUUCUCCUGCCCGUGGGCAGAGCCUCCUACAUCCCGACUCUCCCUUGAGACACGGCUGGUCACCCGACGGCUCAGGACCACUCCUGUUCUGCUAAAACGAGAUUGGGGUGACUUGCUUUUCUCGCCCUCUGCAGCUCACCUCCAGAGCCGCUGUUUCCUCUCUCUCUAAAUGCCAGACCUUACUCUUGGAAAGCUGCCAGACUUUAAUCCUCUGCAGGGCGUGGCUGGCGUCCUCGAUCCGAACAGCCCAGCAGAGUUUUUGUGCUUGAAGAGAGGCAAGAAGAGUCAAGAGUCUCCUCGGGAGGAGAUGCCUUUAAAAAAUCACCCUUAUCAGCGAUAGAAAUAGUUUUGUUUUGCUUUCUUUUGUUUACCGAGUGCUUUUUCCGUGAAAUGCUAUUUUGGUUGAAAGAAGACAUGGCCCCUCAGGAGCUCACUCGGCGACUGGCCACAGUGAUCACUCAUGUCGACCAUACUUUGAGUCUUUUAAAUCACAGUGUGACAGAAAUUUCUGACCAGCAAGAGCUUUAUUCCUUACCAGGUGCAACACCCAAACAAUGAAAUUAUGCAGCAGGAAAUCAGACCCCUGGUGGCAGUGGAUAUAAUAGAACAUCUUCACAGUCAGUUCGCCAUUCUUUCAGGAGGCCGAGGGAAAGACGGGGCCCCCAUCAUCACUUUUCCAGAAUUUACGGGGUUCAAACACAUCCCAGAUGAGGACUUCCUGAAUGUCGUGACCUACCUGACUAGCAUCCCCAGUGUGGAGGCUGCCAGCAUCGGAUUCAUCAUUGUUAUCGACAGACGAAGGGACAAAUGGAGCUCCGUAAAGGCAUCCUUGACACGAAUAGCCUUAGCGUUUCCAGGAAACUUGCAGCUCAUAUUCAUCCUUCGUCCAUAUCGCUUUAUCCAGAGGACACUCACUGACAUUGGCAUUAGAUACUAUCGAGAUGAAUUUAAAAUGAAAGUACCGAUAAUCAUGUUAAACGCUGCUUCUGAUCUUCAUGGCUACAUUGACAAAAGCCAGCUAACACAAGAACUAGGGGGAACUUUGGAAUAUCGCCAUAGUCGGUGGAUAAAUCAUCGAACUGCCAUUGAAAACUUUGCCUUGACAGUGAAGACCACUGCCCAGAUGCUCCAGACGUUUGGGGACUGCUUGGCCAAGACAGAGCUGCCCAGAGGCAUACAGUCCACUGAAGACCUUCUUAUGUCCCACACGAGGCAGCAGGACAAGCUGCAGGAUGAGCUGAAAUUAAUUGAAAAACAAGGGGUCACACUGCUGUCGUGCAUCCAAGAACCAGCAACCAAAAAUCCUACCAGCAAACUCAAUCCCAAUGAACUUGAGAAUGUAGCUACCGUGGCAAGAUUGUUGGUGCAGUUGGAUGAAACAGAAAGAGCCUUUAGUCAGUUUUGGUCUGAGCAUCACUUGAAGCUUAACCAGUGCUUACAACUGCAGCACUUUGAGCACAAUUUUUGUGAGGUUAAGCUUGCCCUGGAAAAUCUGCUGGAAGAACAAGUAGAGUUUACAGACAUUGGGGACAGUGUGAUGCACAUGGAACAACUUCUUAAGAAACACAAGACACUGGAGGAAAAAGGCCAGGAGCCCUUGGAAAAGGCUCAGCUACUUGCCCUUGUUGGCGACCAGCUCAUCCAAAGUCACCACUAUGCAGUGGACUCCAUCAGGCCCAGGUGUGUGGAGCUCAGGCAUCUUCGUGACGACUUCAUCAAUGCAAACAAGAAAAAAUGUGACAUUUUAGGAAAGUCUUUGGAAUUCCAUAGACAGCUUGACAAGGUAAACCAGUGGUGUGAAGCAGGAAUCUACCUCUUGGCCUCCCAAGCUGUAGACAAGUGCCAGUCACGAGAGGGGGUUGACAUUGCUUUGAAUGACAUCAGCACAUUCCUGGGCACAGCCAACGAGUACCAAUUGCCCAGCCGCAAGGAGUUUUACAACCAGUUUGAGUUGAUACUCACCCUUGAUGUAAAGGCCAUUGCCCAGAAAGUCCUGCAGAGGCUGGACGAUGUGCAGAAAAUAUUUGACAAGAGGCAAGUGAGUCUGAAGAAACUGGCAGCCAAACAGACUCGCCCAGUGCAACCAGUGGCUCCCCAUCCUGAGUCUUCCCCAAAAUGGGUGUCACCAAAAACCAGCCAGCCUUCUGCCUUAGCUCAUCCUCAGAAAACAUCCGGGGAACCUUAUAUGGAAACAAAUUUGAACUUCCUGAAAAAGGAAGGUGAAGAGACUAAAUUUGACGUCAAGAAAGAAGAAUUACUUGAAAGCAGUCAAGAUGGAGAGAACACUGAACUGGAGCCGCUUCACCAUGUUGAAAGUCUUUCCCCUAGCAGGUGCAUUAUAGAUGACUUGCUUGAGACUGAAGAAAUUUACAUCAAAGAAAUUAAGAGCAUAAUUGAUGGAUAUAUAACUCCAAUGGAUUUUAUUUGGCUGAAGCACCUGAUUCCUGAUGUUCUUCAGAACAACAAGGACUUUCUCUUUGGGAAUAUUAGAGAACUUUAUGAAUUUCACAACAGGACUUUCCUAAAAGAAUUGGAAAAAUGCAGUGAAAAUCCUGAACUUCUGGCACGUUGCUUUCUCAAAAGAAAAGAAGAUCUUCAAAUAUAUUUUAAAUACCAUAAGAAUCUGCCCCGAGCAAAGGCAAUCUGGCAAGAAUGUCAAGACUGCGCUUACUUUGGGGUAUGCCAGCGCCAGUUGGAUCACAGACUCCCUCUUUUUAAGUAUCUUAGAGGACCAAGCCAGAGACUUAUAAAAUACCAGAUGCUGUUGAAGAGUCUGCUGGAUUUUGAGUCUCCUGAGGAUUUGGAGAUAGACCUAGGUGAACCAGAAGGAGAUUUGGUCAAGGAUGGGCCAAAGAGGACCAAGGAUUCAGCAUUCUCAGCCGAACUACAGCAAGCUUUGGCCAUGGUGGAGGAUUUGAUCGAGUCUUGUGAGCUGGCUGUGGACCUGGCAGCAGUCACUGGAUAUCCGGACGACAUCGGAAAGCUGGGCAAGCUGUUGAGGCAUGGCCCUUUCAACGUCUGGACAAUUCACAAGGAUCGUCAUAAGAUGACGGAUUUCAUUCGAUUUAAGCCCAGCCAGAGGCAAAUCUAUCUAUUUGAAAGGGGCAUUGUAUUCUGUAAGAUACGAAUGGAGCCCGGUGACCAGGGGUUAUCUCCUCAUUACAUCUUUAAGAAGUCUAUGAAGUUGAUGACACUUUCAAUUUGCCAACUUGGAAGGGGGAGCAACAAAAAGUUUGAAAUUGCUAACCGAAAUGGACUGGAGAAAUACAUCCUGCAGGCCGCUUCAAAAGAAAUCAGAGAUUGUUGGUUUUCAGAAAUAAGUGAAUUGCUGAUGGAACAACAAAACAAUGUAAAAGGUGUUUAUGAGGAUGAAGACAAUGGCAGCCAGAUUUUUCCCAAACGAGCUUUGGGGUAUCCUGGGCAAACAAGCCCUUGUCUCUGCUGCCAAGAGGCCAGGGCCCAAGGGGGAGCCCGGAGGGCAACCCAGAGCAGCAGGGCAGUUUGUCUUGGAAGAGACUUCCUUGAAGGGCCUCAUUUUCAGACAGUAGUGGGCGGCUCCAGCAGGGAGUGUGUCUCCGUGAAAGCCUUUGAAGAUGGCCAAGGUGCAGAAGACAUGGAAAAGGAGAGCAAUGGGCUCAGUCUCUCGGGAAUCUUCCAGUUGGACAACAGUUACGAAACCUGCUCCUGCAAAUCUGUUCCCCUGGGGACGGGAGAGAGCCUCCAGGGAGACACAGAAGAACGCGAUGUGGAGGAAAGGGCAACAAACAAAAGCGAGGAGCUCCGUGGGGCGUCCAGCGGUUGCUUCUGCAGGGGAGACGACUAGUUUCCAGGCAAAAGCAGCGCAGGCGGGCGAGGGCUGCCUGAGGACCCCUUCCCCGGAGAACUGACGCUGGUUCCCGGCGCCCUCCCCGAGCCGUCAGCACCCGGUGCUGGGCGCGGCUGAGCCGCCCGGUGGCCGUCUUGGUUCCCGGGAGAGGCUGCAGUGGGUGCUGAGGCCGCCGCCCACCCUGAAGCAGAAAGCCCCGAAGAGCCUCGGAGCCUGCGGACGUGCGGCCCUGCGGGAGGCCAAAGAGCGCUCUGGGGGCCCCCCCACCCCCGCCCCGCGGAGCCCCCUCCUCCGGGUCCCUGCCUGCGGGGCCUCUGAGCUGCCCCCAAAGCCUGAGAGGCCCGCGGAGCCCACGGCUGCAGGGCUCAGCCCACGGUUCCCCAGAGCUGGCGCUUUUGACACUCUGGGCCGGGUGAUUCUUUGCGGUGGAGGGCUGCCCCACGCCUUGUAGGGCAUUUAGCAGCAUCUCCCGCCUCUACCCACUAGAUGCCAGCAACACCCACUGGCCAAGUUGUGACAACCAAAGUAUCUUAAGAUAUUGCCAAAUUUCUCGAGGGGGUGGAGGUAAUGUGGGGAGGAAGGGAACAAAGUCAGUUUAGAACCACUUAGCCUUGGAGGAGUCAGUAGCUCACCCAAACCCAGCGGAGGCCGCAGACUGGGAGCCUCCAGCCUGGGAGCUGGAAGUUUUUUUUGUUUUUUUUUUUUACCAGAAUCCCUGGACACUGCUCAUGUGCUGCUUGAAUUGCCUAAUUCCAGCGUUGGCUGGUUUCAGUCAGGGCUGGUUUCCAAGUUAACUUCUGAGAUUCUUUCCUUUAGAUUUAUUACUUUUAAAAUUAGAGUUAUUUUUAGUUAUUUACUUUUUUAUGUUUAGCUUUAUUAGUUAUUUUUUAGUUAAUUCCCAUUUAUUUUUUGUUAGU